AACAUGUCCAUGUCUAACACUGCAGCGAAGAACAACAUACAACCAACGAAAACGUUUGUAUGCCGCUGUGGCACGCUGCUACAAGAGCUUAGCUUUCGCACACAUAUCUUCAUAUCCAUAUUGCUGCGUCUGCUGCUUAUCACCUACGGCCAUUGGCAUGACGCACACUCUGAGUUGCCUUACACAGACAUUGACUACAAAGUGGUCACUGAUGGCGCGCGACAUGUGCUGCAAGCCGGCAGCCCCUUCAACAGGCACACCUACCGCUACAGUCCCAUUUUGGCGUACAUGCAAAUACCAAAUGUGCUAUUACAUCCAGCCGUCGGCAAAGUGAUCUAUGCGGCAUUCGAUAUAUUCGUGGCGUUAUUGAUAUACUUAUUGGUACGUCUGCAAUUACAAGUGCAAUGCCGCAAAGCGGUGCAUGCGCUGUUGAGCAAGUUCGGGAAAAUCAGAUCGGCGCAGCAGUACAAUGAAACCGAUGCACGCAAUCGUCCAGAGAAUAUCGCACGUGCAUCCGCUUGCUUUUGGCUUUACAAUCCACUAACGGCGAUCAUAUCGACCAGAGGUAAUGGUGAUAGCUUCUCCAGUUUCUUUGUCAUCUUAACAGUGUAUCUGCUCGUCAAAUCCGAGGAUACGAAACGCGGUGCAAAUUGGUUAAUUUUCGCAGCCGGCUUGACACAUGGCUUUGCCAUACAUUUGCGCCUCUAUCCGCUACUCUUCAGUCUCGCCUACUACCUCUGUCUGUCGAUGAGCCUAACACGCAGCGCACGCGAUCUGCUGCGACAACUACUGUUUCCCUCAUACAGACAGUUGUUAUUAGUUAUGGGCACGUGUAUUGCGCUCUUUGCAGUCACCGGUUUCUUCUACUCGCUCUACGGUUGGCAGUACAUAUACGAAGCGUAUUUAUAUCAUUUUGUGCGACGCGAUGUGCGACAUAAUUUUUCGCUAUACUUCCUAUUGCAAUACCUAAGUGGCAAUGCGACGGAGACCUCGCUGGUAGAGAAGCUGCUCAUCUUGGCGCCACAAUUGUGCUUACUGCUCUAUUUGAGCUUCAGUUUUGGACAGUUUCGUCAGACCUUAACGUUCUGUGUGUUUGCCUUGGCCUUCGUUAUGGUCACUUUCAAUACGGUGGUGACGUCGCAAUACUUCGUUUGGUAUUUGGCGCUGCUACCGCUUUGCCUCAACAAUCUACAAGCGAUUUCGUUGUUGCGUGCCGUCAUCUACUUCAGUAUAUGGUUGUUGGGGCAAGCGCUAUGGCUGCUGCCCGCCUAUCUGUUGGAAUUCAAGACAUGGAAUACAUUCUAUUGGAUUGGCGCGCAAGGCGUUUUAUUCUUUUUAAUCAAUAGUUAUCUGCUAAUGCGUCUGAUUGAACACUACAGCUUUACAUCCUUUAAGGUGAACUUUAAAAAGCUCUUCUAAACAUAAGUAUAUCCAUAUAUUUAAUACCACUUGCACUUGAAUCUUACAAUAUGAAUUACUUAAAUAUAAAUUUUGAAAUACUAAAAAAAACCGAAAAUGCUUACAGAAGUAUUUUUUAGCAUAAAUUACAAAUUCGAUGCUCUUGUAAUAUGCGUUAAUCUAAAACUAAUAAUAAUAUUUAUAAAAUGCAAUACAAUAAAAUAAAAGCUUUAACGUGAAUACAAAUCGUGAA